AUGGUGGCCCCUAUCAAUCUCAAUUCCUUGGAGCCAAUAGAAGAAGACCUUAUAUAUGAGCAUGUCUUUGAUCUUUAUACUGAAAGAGCACCGCCAGAACAUCUUCGAUUGGGUUAUAUAGAUAGACAAUCGGAUAGUAUAGAGAUAACCUUGAGAAAAGCCGAAAUCAGCUUCAACAUUAAGCAAUCAUUGUCUGAGUUAGCUGCUAAGGGAAGUACUACUGGGUUCGUGGUUUGGAAGACAUCUCAAUGCUUAUUAGAUUGGAUAUUGACAACUACAGAGUGUCCCUUGUAUGGUAUAUUCUCUCAUAAGAGUGAUGCUAUAGUUUAUGAGCUUGGAUCUGGUAUAGCAGGAAUUUUGGCUGCAGCUUUAGGACCUAGAUGUUUGAGAUAUGUUGCUACAGAUCAGAAGCACUUGUUGAAGCUAUUGAAAUCCAAUUUCAUUUGUAACGUUCAAUCUACAAAAUACACUAGUUCAACUCUUGAUCAAGAAUCAGCUAAUUCUGCUAAGGGCUUUCGAAAAGGAAAACAAAACCCUGGAUCAAAAAGAUCCACGGUUUCUAUUACUUCUCGUCAACAGGAUCCCGUAUCAAACGUGGAUGAAAGUACUAACAGGUUUUCUAACAUAGACUUCAUUGAAUACGAUUGGGAGUACCCUCAAAAGGGACUUGACCAAUUGAAAUCAUUGUAUCCCGGUGAAGUUGGCUUUCUGCCUCCAGAUUUUAUAUUUGCUGUGGAUACAAUAUAUAACGAGUAUCUUAUUCCAUAUUUCAUUACUGCUGCUAAGCAAUUAAUGGACCCCAACCAUACGGUUCUUGUGGUUGGCAUGCAAUUGAGAGAUGAGUCAAUUCUCGAGAUAUUCUUACAAGAACUUAAGAAUCAAAAGAUGUCGGUGUAUCUGAUUCCAUUCUCCAUGUUAAGUGAAGAUCUACAGAAAGGUUAUGUUAUCUAUUUCAUCACAUUACCAGGGUAA